AUGGCAAACCCAGCCCCAUUAGUUAGCUGCAGUGCUAGCUACUGGUCCGAGGGAAAUAGAUGUGGGCUGAAUGGCGAUGAAGGAAACUAUCAAGCAGAUAGCAAUGUGUGUCAGGCUGCAAUCCAUGAUGGUGUCAUCAUGGACUCAACCAGUGGUUGUGGUGUGGUCGAACUGACCGGCGCUGGCCACUCAUAUUUUCCAAGCAAGGGCCAUGGCCUCAAAUCAUUCAGCAAGACAAUUCUAUACUUGGGACCAGCUUUUGUCAGCGCGCUUAACAACUACACAUUUGCCCUAUGGAUAUCCAUUCAGCGUCUUACCCCUUAUGACAUCAAAGCCCAACCAGGCGCACCCAUCGCCUUAGGAAUCAUGAUCACCAUCAUCCUAUCAAUUAUGUCAACAAAAACCCUGAGAGGGAGCGCUAUUAAUAAGAAGAAAUUGUCCGAGUUGGGGGAUCAGCGCCAACUGAGGGGUAAAUUGUAA